AUGGCAGAUUCAUACACAACCAAGGUCCAGAACCUCCUCACCGUUCUCGGCCGCGUGACAAUGCUGGACGAGACCGAGGUUGUUUUGUCGCUACAGACGGCUUUUCUCACAACAUCAUCAAUGUCAGCUCUCAAGACGUACUUUCAGGCCCCUCCAGCGUCGGGGUCUUGUACAAUCGAUGGUGUGGACCUGACGGACACCAUCGAAUCACUGGGAAAUGCGGCUAUCGCUGCACAGAUCGCAGACUGCUCGCUGGAAUACGGCUUCAGUUCCAUUGCCAAUCGCGACGUGGCAGUAAAGCUCCCUGGUGAAUUGUUCAACACCAUCAUGCCGUGCGUUUUCGGUAACCAUAUCAACGGUCAACUCCACGCAGAUGGCCUGCUUCCACUACAGGUGCUGAGACAGGAUCCCACCUUUGUGACAACCUUCGAGAGCGUUCUCGUCAGUCCACAGUUUGACCCGUUUCGCGGUCAAGGUGACUACUACUACGCAAUGAUGUGCUUGUUCGUCUACGUCUAUCUGAUCAAAGGUCCUGGCUUCGCACUCGACACCACAUUGGAGAUGUCUCCAGCCCUUACCAUCAUUCGAGCAUGGCAGAGCAACCUGACUGCACCAACUACUCCGAACCUCAACUACCUUACUGCACUACAGUUUGAUGUUGUUUUCAACGCAUAUACGCCUAGUGGCAUAUAUUCUCCCACUCGCAAUGCCGAUGCAACGCUACUGGACUUUGCCCAGGCGGUACAAAACGAGGGUUUGAUGACAAUCCCAACGGCAGACGCCUCAACAGGACCUGAACCAGUGCCGACAAACUUUACUGACGGCUCGAUCUUUGCCGGCGUAGACGUUUCCCAGUUCAGUCCGGUCAGCUACAGGCUCUGGAAGAAGUGGAUGGGCACACUUGACGACCAAAGCCCAGGCAAUUUCUGGCGUGCUGGCAUCAUGGCAGCGGCAGCCCAGACCUUGGAGACGAACAAAAGUGACACCAUUCCUUCAGGUGGAGGCGAGCCACCGGUCAUUACCCUGUUUCAUUUUGUCACACAUGGAAAGGACCUUGCAGAUUGGUACAAGAACCAUCAGGAUGAACCCUACAUGAACUCCGACAUCAAUCUGAACAAUACGACGGAAACAACAGAGUCAGGGGCUCAAGCCGAGGGUAAAGCUAUUAUGGGCUGCUUCGUGGCCGGCACAAAGGUCGAAACAUCGAACGGGGCAAUUGCGAUUGAGUACUUGAGAGAGGGCGAUCAAAUCUUGACCCGCGCCGGCGGGGCACAGCAAUGGGGCACCCGCAGUGACGAGGUUGUCGAGAACCCGUCUCCUGCCACCUUGUACGGAUUCAACGGGGAAGCACCUUUCUUCACAGCGGGACACCCGUUCUUCACCGCAACCGGCCUUCGUUCUAUCGAUCCCGAGACUGCCCGCAAGGAGAAUCCCUGGUUGGAAGUUGGCCAGCUCAAGCCUGGACAUGUGCUACUUCGCUUGAACGCAGAGAAGGGGUACGACCGGAAGGUGAUCAAUUCUAUCAACAUGUCUCGAAGCGAUGUUACCAGUGUGUACGGAGUACAUCUCCGGGAAGGGCUCCGGAGUUACCAUGCCAAUGGAUACCUAGUGGCCAUCAAUUACCCGGAGAUCACAGCCGUGUCGAUAACUCGGCAGCUGAAGACCUUCCCUCCGGCCCAAAGAGCUGCAAUAAUUCAGAGUCUUGGUGUGCUGAAGCCUUUGUUCGAGCGCUUUGGCGCUGGGACAGUCAUGGACAAGUUGAUAAAGGAAACCGGCUCUACCUAA